AUGGAUACUGAUUCAAUAGAAACGCACCUCUGGUUUGGAAAUAUCUUAGAGUCGAGAAGAACCACGAUAGGCGCAUUGAUCCAAGAAGCGUACGGUCGAGGCGACGAUGUGACGGCAACAGCUUUGUUGAGCCUAUUAGACACAGAACCAAAUCAGCCAAAGAAGGACACGAAUUACGUGUUAGACGAGGAGGAAACAAACUCAAAAGCCUCAGGAGAGACGUCGGUAGCCUUCGUAAGAGAAGUAAUCCCACUCCCAAAGGCAAAAGCGGCAGAGAACCUCGUACUACCUUUACCGCCACAACAAGCUACCGCCCAAACAGCUCAACCCGGCCUGACGGACGACACAGCAACCGAUAGGUCAACUUGGUUUGAGGGAGCUUCAUCGAAAGAGGAAUCAGACAAGGCUUACGCGAUAAUGACCUCAAAGAAAGGAACCUUGGAAAUGGAGAAUGGAGACAUUGUUCAUAAUGGUCGAAUUCUGAAAGGCGGAGACCCUCAGAUGAAAGAGUCGUUGGCACCUCUUUCCCCAGGAUUGACGAUUAUUCUAAAAGGACUCACUUCUUAUAUUCAGUUAACUGUAUUCGAUGAAGAAUGGCUCAUAAAAGAUCAAAAGGCAUGGUCGACAAGAACUACAAAGUCCAAUAAGAAAGAGUCAGGAGAGGCGAGAAUAUACGGAGGAGAAGCACCUGUCGAAGAACUUACAAUUGAUUUCGAGGUAUGGAACGACUGCAUGGAACUCUUUUGCGGUCAUCUAGUGGCAUGCGGAUGGAAGCCAAUUGCGGAAAAAUUCAAAGCACAUGUCGCGGUGGUCAAGAAAUUACGGAAAGAUUUCGGUUGGAUGGUAGCGCUAAGGUAUUGUCAAUUGGUAAGACAAGGGGUAAUGCGAGAGACUGUCGACAAAUCUAUAGGAAAUUAUGCCGAGCUUCAAGAAACAUUGUUAGUAGAAGCAAAGACAGUCGCUGAAAGCUUUAACAAGCGUCAUUAUAAGACGAACCCGUACGCACCCGGAAGGCCUAAGGCAAACAUCUGCCCUUUGACAAACAGACCAAAAACAAACGCAACAAACAAUACCUCGACAGUAACCUCUUCAGAAAAUUGCUACGCUUCCACGAGCUCAUACAGAGGGAAUGGAAAAGGAGGUAAAGGAGGAGGUGGUUAUAAAGGAAGGUACGACGAUGGAAGAAGUCGUAAUCAUUGGAGGAAGGAAGAUCGUUAUGGCUCGGACAGGUAUGCUAGUCAUAGAGACAAAAGCAGAAGCCCUGAUCGUCGUGACAAAAAUGGAAAUCCCGUGAAGGGAAGGAAAGCGUGA